CUCCUAGUUGGCCCUCGCUGCCUGAAGAGCAGACAGACACUGCAGCUCUGGAAUUGGAACUGACACGAACGGGCGGACACACACACACACACACACACACACACAUAUCACGCUGGCACGCACCCCUUUCUCCCCCUCCUCCUAUCCCCCCCCCCCCGCUUCUGCUUUUAUGAGUUGACCAUGCUUUCCAGAAGUUGCUGCUCAAGUUGGUAAAUUCCUCGGGGUGGCUAACAGCUAGCCCCAGACCCUCAGUCUCCUCCUCCCCAUCCCUUCAUUCCCUUCUUUUGGCCAAAUAAAACCGGAUCUGGGCCAGGAGAAAGGAGGAGGAGUAGCGAGAGGAGGGGGAGGGCGGCCGGAGAGGAAGGGUGAGAGGUGAGGGGGGAGCGCCGGUUACGCGCACCCUUCAUGGACUCGGGCUGGGGCUGGUGGUCAUUGCCCCGCGGCUCCUAGUCCCGCGGGCCAGUUGCUCGGACGCUGGGGCGGGGAGGCAGCCCUCACAGCGCUGCGCCUCCGGAGCGCCAUGGAGAACGCGGAGACCCGAGGCAGUCGGCAGGAGCGAUUCACAGACAAAGAUCCCCGACUCACCCCCUUGUUCGCGGAUCAGGGGCAGCCGCAACAGCCUCUGGUGAUGGUGCUGGAGCCCAGAGGGACCGACGGGCACAAGCUGGUGGAAGUGUUGUUGACUGGGGGGGCUCCCUGGGGAUUCACCUUGAAAGGAGGAAAAGAACACGGAGAACCUCUCAUCAUUACUAAGAUUGAAGAAGGAAGUAAAGCGGCAGCUGUUGACAAGUUACUAGCUGGAGAUGAGAUUGUGGGCAUCAAUGAUAUAGGACUCUCAGGAUUUAGACAGGAGGCGAUUUGUUUGGUGAAGGGUUCACAUAAGACCCUGAAGCUAGUAGUCAAAAGGAGGAAUGAUGUAGGCUGUAGACCUCAUUCUUGGCAUGCCACCAAAUUCACAGAGAGCCAUCCUGAGGCCAUUUCCUCUCAGUCCAAUGUCUGUACUUCUUGGCACUCUCGGUACCAUGCAAGCUCUUCGUCCCACGACCUAUCGAGUUCAUGGGAUCAGACAAAUCUGCACCGCACUUCUGAUCAGUUCAGUUCCCUGGGUAGCAUGGACAGCUUGGACCACCCUUCCCAGCCAUACUCAUAUGGCCGACUUUCUGCUGCAAAGUCCAACAGCAGCAUUGAUCACCUAGGCAAUCCAAACAAACGCGAUUCUGCUUAUGGCUCAUUUUCUACCACCUCCAGCACCCCUGAUCACACUUUGUCCAAGGCUGAUGCCUCUUCCACAGAGAACAUGCUGUAUAAGGUGGGCCUGUGGGACUCAACCAAGCCAGGAGCUAGCAAACAAGUCCAGUCCUUCAGUGAUAAUACUCAGAGCCUUGAAGAGAGACUUGCAUGUUUACCAUCUGCUCUUCAGUAUGAGAACAACAGAAGCCCUAGACUAGAAGAAAAUACCGACCCCAAGCUUGUUAGUUCUGGAAGGUCCAGUUUUGGGCCCGUUUGGUAUGUUCCUGAUAAAAAGAAAGCCUCUUCUUCCCCGCCCCCUCCACCUCCACCUCUCCGUAGUGACAGCUUCGCUGCUACCAAAAGCCACGAGAAAACCCAGAGUCCUGCGUAUUCAGAGGUAGCCAGCACCCAGCACUUUAUUUUCAAUCGAUCUCAGCCGAGGAGUGAGUGGAGGUUAGAAACUGCAGAUCAGCCGCGAAGAAUGAUUCGAGUGAGUGAUGGGAAAAGGACCAAUAAUGCUGCCUAUAAACCCGAUCAACAUUUGGACUCUAACUGGGCCUCCUCUGAUGAUAGAUACAACAACCCCCCAGGGAGCACCAACAGGCUCCAGGCUUCUUUGUCCAGCACAGACGUUCGUUUUGCACAGUCUGCUUUUGGUUACCAUCACCAGCGCCAAUAUAGUGAUGAGAGCACUUUUUUUCACAAUUCCAGAGAAGCCAGUUUAUCCAAGGAACAGCGACAUUUAGCCCAUCACGGGGGCCACCAAGAGCUGCCUGCUGACCACAUUCAGACCUAUAACCCUGCCCAAGUUAGGCUAGCUAACCCUGCUUCCAUUAAUAGCGCUGCUGACCAGAAGGUGGAGAACAUUGGACAGUCUCGUUACUACUGUAUAACAAAAAAACAACCAGCUCAGGGAAGCAACCAGCUGCAACCCCUCAAAGAUGACUAUUGGAAGUCUGUUACUGGUUCGGAGGUAUCUUCUGGACCACAUGAAAACCUUGUCCCGAGCACGAUGGGCCAAAAACCCAAAUGCCAUCUCCCUUACUGUGAUGAGUCGUCUGGAGAUUUCAGUGAGAGGUGCAAUUCUUAUCCGGUGGAUAGAGUGGGGGAAAGCUGGCCCACUGGGGACGAUGAGUCUCACAGGUCCAGCCAUAUCGAGAAAGCCAAUCAAAAGAGAGUUGCAGAAGACUUUAAGUGGGGUGAAGAAGAAAGUAGCAAAAUCUCUCCGCAGAAGACCCCCAUGUUGCAUUCCUUAGCCCAAGAAGGGAAAAACAGGUCUGCAAACAGUCAAGAUUCUAGUGUGGAGAAACCAUUACCGUUUGAUGCACAAGUAGGUAAACCAGCACGCAGGAGUGACCGAUUUGCAACGACCCUGAGGAAUGAGAUUCAGCUGAGACGAGCAAAACUUCAAAAAAGCCGAAGCACAGUUACUUUGACUGGGACAAACGAAGAAGAAGAAUUCGCCGAUGGCUGGAAACCAGGGUCAGGCCAGAAUUUCAGCACAACAGCCUCAGAAGGAUCAUUCAAUAAUACCUAUAAGGACCACUUAAAAGAAGCCCAAGCCAGAGUGCUGAGGGCUACUUCCUUUAAAAGGCGAGACUUGGAGCCCAGCUCAUCUGACCAUUACUCAAAGUCAUCGCCUGAACGUAAGACGAAUGGGUAUAGUUCUUCCUCCUCAUUGACACUAGAUUCUGACAGCGCUUCCCAUUUCUUUGAUGUAAGCCAGACUAAAGCCUCUACAUCUGGGAAUGGCAUGCUGCAUGUUCCCCGAAUCGGAGGCAGGAAGAGAUUCACAGCAGAACAAAAGCUGAAGUCUUACUCUGAGCCCGAGAAAAUACACGAGGUGGGAAUUUCAGGAGAUCUCCGCCAUCCCUGCCAGUACCCCAGCACAGCAGGGGAAGCCAUGGGCUCUUUUGCUGAUCGGUGGAAGUUUUUUGAGGAAACGAGCAAGCCCUACCAUCAUAGGCCUGCCCCCAAACAAGCCAUUUAUGGCUUACCGAAAGAACAAACUGAUAGACCAGGUAGAAAAACUUAUGGACAUGGGGGAGGAGAACAAUGGUAUCAGAAAAGGACGCGGACUUCUUCUUUUGGAGAGAACUUGAACUAUACCAGUAAUAAAGUUGAAAAGGUGGGGAAGGCUGAGCAGCCUCAGAGACUAGGAACCUUUGCAGAGUAUCAAGCUUCCUGGAAAGAACAAAGAAAGCCCCUGGAAACAAGGAGUUCUGGGAGAUAUCAUUCUGCUGAUGAUAUUCUGGAUGCUAGUCUUGAGCAACACGAGAAACCCCAGUACAUACAUGAAAGAUCCAGGUCAUCACCUUCUACUGAACAUUAUAAAAAGGAACCCUCUGUUGGAGUGAGAAGGCAAGCUGAUGAUUCUGGAGAAGAUAGGAAUUAUAUUUGCUCUAAAAUCAGGACUGAUGAGGGGAAUUCUACUCUGAGCUUCUUUUCUAAGCUCACUGUGUCUCUUCAGCCUCCUCUAAGCAGAGAGCAAACCUGCAUUCUUUCAGGGUCUCAGAGGUCAGCAGAUACAGAAUAUCAGGGAGAAAGUCCAGGAGAAAAAAGAGAUCCACUGGAUCAAAACCUAAACAGCAAAUUGGAAUCUACCGAGUCAUCCCACCCCAGAGAGCCGCUUGCUGUGCCACAGGAGAACCGGGCCAGGUCUGGGACAUUACCUAGUGAUUACAGAUAUUCAGAAGAGAACGAAAAGGAAGAGACCCAGGAUUCUGACGAACCUCCUCCAGCCUGUUCUGAAGCUCACGCUAAGAACGACAACCUCCAUCCUUCCUCACAAGGCAAGGAAGAAGAUUCCUGGUGGGUAGAAUCGGCAUCGGUCAGCAAAAAACGGGGGCCAGCCCCUCAGAGGCCACCCCCACCCAAACGGGACGCCGUUAAGUACAGGCACCAGGACUGCUCCACAUCCUCUGCUGGGAGCUCUGCCGAGCAGCUGCUCGAAGCCCCCAGCGGGCCCGGUCCCUCUCAGUCUCCCACUUCUCCUGAUGUGUGUGUAAAUCCCCCCGUCCUUCCCCAGAGCCCUUCCACAUUUAGUGAAAAGCUUGCCAGUGCCCAGCCACAACCUGCUCCUUCAGAGAAUGAUUGCCAGCACUUAAAUGAAGAAAUAUCAGAUCUUAAGGCUGAAGCUGUUUUGUCUUCAAAAUACCGUCAUCUUCCAAAGUCUAGCAUGGAAUCGUCUCGGUCUCCUUCACCUCAGUUUGCUCCCCAAAAACUGACUGACAAACCUCCAUUGCUGGUCCAGGAUGAGAACUCAGCCAGAAUUGAGAGGGUCAUCGAUAAUAAUACCACAGUGAAGAUGGUCCCCAUCAAAAUUGUCCACUCUGAAAGCCAUGCGGAGAAGGAGAGUCGACAGAACCUUGUGAGCACCAUGGAGCCUCCUGCCCUGCCCAGCGGCUUGGAAAAAGACCAAAUCAAGACGCUGAGCACCUCUGAGCAGUCCUACUCACGCUUCUGUGCCUACACCAGGCAGGGUGUGGAGCCUGAGGCUGAGAAUAAAACCCAAGGGCCUGACUCACAGCCCGCUGAAGCCUUGGGGUACGGCAAUGCAUCCACCCCUAUCAGCUACAUGAAGGCCAAAGAGAAGACCUUGGAAGACCUGAAGUCAGAGGAACUUGCCAGGGAAAUUGUUGGAAAGGAUAAGUCAUUGGCGGAUAUUUUGGAUCCCAAUGCAAAAAUAAAAACCACCAUGGACCUUAUGGAGGGAAUUUUCCCUAAAGAUGAACAUCUCUUGGAAGAGGCUCAGCAACGUAGAAAGUUGCUUCCAAAGGUUCCUUCUCCCAAAAUUACAGAGGAAAAAAAAGACGAACAGAGUGUGCCGUCUGCUAUCUCCCUGACAACCAAUUCCACUUACUACAGUACAUCUGCACCAAAGGCUGAGCUUCUGAUUAAAAUGAAGGACAUGCAGGAACAGCAGCAGCAACAACAGCAGAUUGCAGAGGAUUCUGAAGAUGAGCUUGACCAUGACCUGUCGGAGAAGAAGCAGGAGCUCAUUGACAGCAUCAGCCGAAAACUGAAGGUGCUACGGGAAGCCCGUGAGACUCUCCUGGAGGACAUUCAGAACAACAAUGCUUUAGGGGAUGAGGUGGAAGCCAUCGUGAAAGAUGUGUGCAAACCAAAUGAAUUUGACAAGUUCAGGAUGUUCAUUGGAGACCUGGAUAAAGUGGUGAAUCUCCUUUUGUCCCUUUCUGGAAGACUAGCCCGGGUGGAAAAUGCCCUGAAUAACUUGGAUGAAAAUACAUCACCUGAGGAACAGCGAACGCUUCUUGAGAAGCAAAAACUGCUCACACGCCAGCACGAGGAUGCAAAGGAGCUCAAGGAGAACCUGGACCGCCGGGAGCGCAUCGUCUUUGACAUUCUGGCCAGCUACCUGAGCGGGGAAAGCCUGGCUGACUAUGAGCACUUCGUGAAGAUGAAGUCAGCCCUCAUCAUUGAGCAACGAGAACUAGAAGAUAAAAUCAAGCUGGGCGAGGAGCAACUGAAGUGUUUGACUGAAAGCCUCCCCCCGGAACGGGCCAAGUAAGCGAAGAAACGCCCUGAUGGAGGACCGGAAUGGGAGUUUUCGGGCCCAUGUUCUGAGUGUGCAAAGUGGGGAGGGGGAGAGAACCAGUUUAUAUUUAUGCCCUGUGCAAAGAGUCCUAAAAAAAAAAAUAGCAAAAUUGCUAUUUUACAAGAGCAAUAACUUCCUUGUUUGUUUUGUUUGAAUGAUGUAUUUAAAUUUUUUUAGUUCCUUCUCAUUGAUGAGCUCAUUUGCUCAUCUUAACCUUCCAUCUUUUGAAAUGACUGCAAAUGAAACUAGAGAAUUUUAAGCUUCAAAUUUGGUGUGUUGUGAAGUCUGUUCCAGUAGUGCAUGCAGAUAAUUUUUUAAUGAAAUAGCUACUGUUUUUCCUGUCUUCAGAUGCUGUAUGGAUUGUUGAUGAACCCAGUUUAAAUGAGUAUGUGGACAGCGUGCAGCCUUAGCAAGGAAAUGAGACAUCAGGGGGAAGAAAACUAUGGCGCAAAUCUUUAAUAAUUCAUCCAGAGAGCAGGGCUGCAUUUUCAUAUCUGUUCCAUGUCAUUUAUCUUUAUAAGCAUUAAUUUAUCAUAUCAUAUAAUGAUGUUAUCUGGUCCUAGCAGAUGAUAAUAAUUUAUUAACACUUUGGAAAGGUGAAUGAUUUGUUAGUGGUUUAGAACCAGUUGUGAAAUUAUUACCUAAACUGUAGGCUCAGACAUUCUCAAAGUGAAAUACCACUUAAGGAAACAGUGUGCAUGCCUUCCUUUCUUCCUUCUCUCUCCCCCUUUUCUCGCCUCCUGUCCCCAAUCAAAUGAUGUUUCCUUGCAGAUUAAGUUCAUUAUUUUUUAAAAUAUCCCCAGCAGUAGCAUGGCCAUUAAGAUUAAAGAACUGAUGUUUUACCAGAACAUCUUAAUAUAAUCUGUAUUUUCUUUUCCCCUAUACCACAGUCAUUUUGUGUGCGAUCACUAAAGUAACACUACUCAGUACUGCUUUCCCUCUUUUGAUAUGUUUCAGUGUCACCAAAGCUUUUCUGGGCACAUUUCAUUCUGUUGUUUGUCUCACUCUACUUUUAACGACCAUCUGAAAUGUAUAAUUCCUAUGCGGUAUCUUUUCAUAACUGUUUUCUAAAAGUUUGUAUCCGUUUUUUAUGAAAAGGCUGUUGUCAUUUGUUUCCAGCCUCAUUAUUUUCAUAGAAGAUAAUUUUAAAAGUAAUGUACUUCCACAGAAAUCAUUUUCUAAUUCAAUGCACAUUUCAGGGCAAGAAGAAACCUUGGACAACUUCAUAUUUUAGAUCAUAGUGGGAACAAUUGUUAAGGAAUCAUUUUAAUACUUUUUAAUUGUUCUAUUUCUACAGAAUGUUUUCCAAAUUAGUUAGGUUAGCCUUCCUUUCAGUAUCCAUCAUAAGAAUUGCACUUAUACCUAGACACCCAGACAAACUUUUAAAAGAACAGUGACAGAACACUAAAUUAGCUGAUAAGGAAAUCAGUUCUUAAAUACAAUACAACUUUAACGUCUAUACUUCUGUCUUUUGUCAAUUUUAUUGUGUAAAUUCCCACACAAUGAAGAUACUAAUUAGGAGGUUUUUUUAAUUACAGUGUCAGAGGACAGUACACACACAUACAUAAUAUGUAAACACGUACAUAUGUACGUACAGAGAUACAUAUAAGCUGAAAUACUUGCAUACAUAUGGGCUUGCAGUCUGGAGCGUUGGAGGAAUCUUCCCAUAUGAGUACAUACAUAUGUGUAUAAGCCAGUCUUUUUACCCUUACAUAGAUCACUUUUUCAAAGUUCUUAUUCCUAUUAAGUUAAACUACCGCCCCUCUCCCAACCCUUCAGUUUGAAAGCCCUUAUACUUCUAAUGAAGUAAUCUCCCUCCUGCUCAGAAAUCAUUUGCUGCUAUAACAAAUAAUGUCAGGGCAAGUGAUAUGCUUUGUCCUUGAUUGCCACCUCUUCCACUGUAGCUAAGCUAACUUAAAGAAUUUCAGUGUGCUUUUUUUGGGGGGGGAAAGAAAAAUAUAGACAAAGAUAGGAUGUUUUCCCUUUUAUCUGUAAUUCCCUAUGCCGUUGCCUGUCCCCAACCCUUAAAGGAAAUUCAGUGUAUUGAGCAUGUUGCUGAUUUUUUUUGCUAAAAGAUCCAUGAUUUUAGCAGUCUGCGUACUCCCUUUGGUAAUGCAGAGUAUAGUACAAUAUUGUGAUUGUUUUGAUGAUAAAUGUAUGUGUAAUGUGAAUAAUAUAAUUUGUGUCUGUAUCUAAUUCUUUGAUUUAGGCGUUUCUCUCACACAUAGCAAUACAGAGUGCUCACUUGUCUGUUGACAAAACACCAUCUUUGUUCAUCACUGCCCCACCCCAUUCCCUGUUUUACCUCGUAAAUAUUUGGUUAGAAGGGACCCAAAGAUUCUUGUGUCUCCGUGUAUAUAAGUUUGUAAAUAGCUAUUAUUAUUGCUUAAGAAAAAUCUGGUGCUAAUGUUUUGCCUCUGGCAUUUCUUAGGUGAUGGCUAAUUCUUCACCUUAUACUAUAGCUCCAUUGUAGACUUCAUUGUAUAGUGAAAUUUCCGUCCUGGUUACUGGCUGCAGCUUGGAUUCUGCAGCCUUUAGUGGAAAAAUGUGUACAGAUUUCAUUCUUGACACUUAACAUUUACCUAUUGGCAAAUUACACUGCUUGACUUAAAGGAAAUAAAUAGUGUCUAUUUCAAUGUA